CAUCCCUCGGCGCCCACGACGUUCCAGAGCACAACACCUCCCAGAAGGCCUCGCGGCCCCACUCAACUUCCGGCCGGAAGCAGUCGGCGUUUCCUACGUGAGGGAGCUGGGGUGCGCGGGUCUGCCGCGCGACGGCGACACGCGACUCUGAGCCUCAGCUGGACGUUGAGAGUUGCUGGAGCAGGCGUUUCGGGUGGGCACAGUGGGGCGCUGACGAAAUCGGCUCGGGUUCUUCCGCGGACCACAUUUCCCAGAGGGCCUGGUGUCCUCUUUUCUCGCAGGAACUCGAAUGUUUCGUCACGCCUGGCGGGACUGUUAGAUCAGAAAGGAAACCUCUCUGAUCCAGUCAGAUUCUAGCCCUAGACAGCAGUGAACUCAGCCUUCCCCUGAUUUUCAUGAAUUGGACAGGAUGCCUCAUUCUCCUCUGAUCUCCAUUCGUGUGUGUGUUGAGUCCCUCAGAUGAGAAUAAAAGAAUGCACGAUGAACUUCUACAAGCAAUAUCGAAGGUGUCAGUGAUGUUCAGGGAUGUGUCCAUAGACUUCUCUCAGGAGGAAUGGGAAUGUCUGGACUCUCGUCAGAUGAAUUUAUACAAAGAAGUGAUGUUGGAGAAUUUCAGCAACCUAGUUUCAGUGGGACUUUCAAAUUCUAAGCCAGCUGUGAUCUCUUUAUUGGAACAAGGAAAAGAGCCAUGGAUGGUUGAGAGAGAACUGACCAGAGGCCUCUGUUCAGAUCUGGAAUCAAUGCGUGAGACCAAGAUAUUAUCCCUAAAGAAAAGACAUUUCAGACAAGUAAUACUUACCCAUAAAGACAUGCCCACUUUUAUUCAACCCACCUUUCUCACUCUACAUCAAAAAACAAAUAAUGAAGAGAAACCCUGUGAAUGUAAGAUAUGUGGAAAGACCUUUAAUCAGAACUCACAAUUUAUGCAACAUCAGAGAAUUCAUUAUGGUGAAAAACCCUAUGAAUGUAAGGAGUGUGGAAAAUCCUUUAGUCGUGGCUCACUUGUUAUUAGGCAUCAGAGGAUUCACACUGGUGAAAAACCCUAUGAAUGUAAGGAAUGCGGCAAGGCUUUUAGUUGUAGUUCAUAUUUUUCUCAACAUCAGAGGAUUCACACUGGUGAGAAACCCUAUCAAUGCAAAGAAUGUGGAAAAGCCUUUAAUUAUUACUCAAACCUUAAUCAUCAUCAAAGAAUUCACACUGGUGAGAAACCCUAUGAAUGUAAAGUAUGUGGGAAAGCCUUUACUAAAAGUUCGCAACUUUUUCCACAUCUGAGAAUUCACACCGGUGAGAAACCUUAUGAAUGUACGGAAUGUGGGAAAGCCUUUACUCAACACUCGAGGCUUAUUCAGCAUCAGAGAAUGCAUACUGGUGAGAAACCUUAUGAAUGUAAGGAAUGUGGAAAGGCCUUUAGUAGUGCCUCAACACUUACUAACCAUUGCAGAAUUCAUGCUGGCAAGAAACUCUAUCAAUGUAAAGAAUGUGGUAAGGCCUUUAUCCAGAGCUCAGAACUUAUUCAACAUCAGAGAAUCCAUACAGAUGAAAAACCAUAUGAAUGUAAUGAAUGUGGGAAAGCCUUCAAUAAAGGUUCAAACCUUACUAGACAUCAGAAAAUUCAUACUGGUGAGAAACCCUUUGACUGUAAGGAAUGUGGAAAGGCAUUUGGUAGUCGCUCAGACCUCAUUCGCCAUGAGGGAAUUCAUACUGGUUGAAUGAAAGAAAGGUUCUUUUGUUUACCUUUAUGAUAUUUUUUUAAAACAGGUAAUUAACUCAGGAUAUGCAAGAUCAAAGUUUCUCCUGUGUACUAGUUUUUUAGGGCUGCUGUAACAAAGUACCAAAUACCAAUUACUUGGUAGCUUAAAACAAAAGAAAUUUAUUGUCUCAGUUUUGGAGCCUGGAAACCCAAAAUCAAGUUUGUUGACAGGGUUGGUUCCUUCUGAGGACUGCAAGGGAGAAUCUGUUCCAUGCCUUUCUCCUGACAUCUGGUGACAGCCAUCAGUCAUUGGUAUUCCUUGACUUUCAGUUACAUCAUUCCAACCUCUGCCUCCUCCUUCACAUUGCAUUCUCUUUGUGUAUCUCUGUCUCUUCUCCUUUUAUAUGGAUCAGUUUGUGGAUUAGGGUCAUCUAAUGACCUCAUCUUAAUUAUAUCUGCAAAGACUCUAUUUCCAAUUAAGAUCAUAUUCACAAGUACCAGGGGUUAGGGUGUAUCAUUUUAGUGGGGACACAGUUCAACCUAUUACACCCUGUUAACACUUUUGUCUAAUAUACUUAUAAAUUUUAUAUAUAACAUUAAUCAGAUAUAUUUUAAAAUGUAAAUCUAAGGUCUAAAUUCUAAACUUCCCUUUCCUCAAAAAAGAAAGAUUCUAUCUCAGAACUAUUCAGUAAUUCCUUCAUCCCUGUUUGUUCUCCUGCCUUCUUUAUAUUAGCUUAUGUGUUAGGGUCAUCUUUUCUAUUGCUGUGACCUAUAUAGAUCUGUACUUCUGCCAGUACUCCACUAUAAAUUGUGUUACAUAGACUCUUAGUUCUUGGCAGAAUUGUAACUUUGUUUUCGAAGGCAGCUGUAUUUUUUUCUUUUGUAUAAUUAAUGUUUUCUUAUUGUAAAGAGAGAAAACAGAAAAGCACAAAAAUAAAAAAGAUUGUGUAAUCCUACCAGAGGUGACUACUUUCAAAUUUUUACAAAUCUUUUCCUGACAUUUUAAAAGCGUAAUCAUAAUAUGCAUGCUGUACUAUAACAUACUUUUAUCAUGCCAAAAUAUACUAUGAUUACUGUUUAAGUAGGUAUAGAUCUUUAUCAUUAUUUUAAAUGGUGUCAUAAUAUUGUUUUCUAUGGUCAACUAUAAUUUUGCUAAAUAACUACUAACAAACAUUAUGGUUCCCUUGGAAGCUUUGCAAUUGUAAAAGUUGCCCUCUAAAUGAAACUUUAAUGCUUCUUUGUUUGCUUUUCUUUUAAAACAUUAGAUUUCAAUAAUGUGGUGCUAGAGCCUACUAGUAUGUAUUUUAAAAAACUCUGCAGGCCGGGUGCAGUGUUUCACGUCUGUAAUCCUAGCACUCUGGGAGG